CAAUUAUUUGCCUGCAAGUAAAUCCGGUUUUUACUUUCUGUACCAGUGAAAAUUAAGGUAACAGAAUCACCAGUGACAAUGCUGCCAGCUAGUGUAUAGAGGAGGAGAGAACAUGUCGGGCUAUCUGAUUUUUUUCCCUUCAAGCCCACAUCUCUCAGUUCAAUUUGCAUGGGAGGGUGGAGCUUUUGGGUUAAGAAUGGAGUGCAGUUGUCAAUCAAACAAUUAAAAAAAACUCUACAUUUCCAUCAUCUAGCCCUCCUGGCAGGAUUCGAAGUGGAAUCUUAGAAGAACCAAGAAGCCGAUCACACAGAGACUAUCACCCAGGCAGCUGAUCAGAAUGAGCAGUAAUCUGCAUCCACGUCCUGGAGAUAACACUGUUAAAGGUCCCCAUGUAAGUAAGGAGCGAUGUCCUCUGUGCUGUCAUCAGAUCUUUUGUGUCUCUUGCUAGGAAGGCCUGAUGUGAUUGGGGAUGCAGGGUGCAUGUUGUGAGGGGGUUUGCAUGGAUGUGUACUAUAAAUGGUGCUGAGAGUAGUGAAUAUACUGCAUGCCACGUCUCUGCGAUCUGCUAUCAUGAUUACGUGCAGUUAGUGGAACAGGAAGGCUAUUUUAUAUAUGAAACGGUCUUUUUCCUGUUGUGUCAGAAGAACUGGGGAGGCACAGACAUUGUGCUCUGCUCUGUCCCUUCCGUUACUGAGCUUCACUGCCUUUUAGAGCCAUACACAAUGUAACAGGGAUUGGAUUUGCUAUAUGUUACGAUGUUAAAACGGGAGGAAAGUGCACAGCAAAUACAAAUAAAAUAGCGGGCUGUUGUAUAUGAAAUAGGUAGUUUCUUUUGUGUAUGUAGUGUGAUACAUUUCAUUAGGAGUUUGUAGACUAUUACAACACAAUUUAACAUUUUAGCCAUAUCCCACAGGCACAGGGACUCCCUCAGGCAAAGAAGGAGUUACAUGUUAACAUUAGAUGUAUUCCUCUGGGGGGAACGUACCGUAACAUAUUUCAAAUAUAGGAGCAUGUUCCUGGCAGAUAAGGGGUAAAAUGUCAUUUUUUUUAAGGGGCUCUGUAUUUUUUACAAUAAAAAGCAACCUACUGCUUCUAUGGCACUGAAUGCAUUGGAUUUAUUAGUAAACGGAUGUCUGUGACAAGUAGUGAGUUCAAUGCCUCAUGUAUGGAAUUCUGUCACCACUAGUAGUCUGCUUCAGUGGCAGGAGAUGGGUUCAAUGCCCCCAAUAAGUGGUGUGCUGUGAUAGGGAGUGCUUCUCUAAUAGUUGACGGGUUCUGGUAAAUGAACACUGUUACAGGAUUUUUGUCUCUAGCAAUGAAGAAAUGAAGCAGUUUAGAAAAACUGUCUCUUUGCUAGAAAAUGGGUUACAUUUCAAAAUCACCUGACUUACUUCUCUGACAGGAAAGUAAUUUACAUUAUAUACCUGGGUGAUAUGUUUCUGGCAAAGCUAUUGUUUUUGGAGAUUAUCUGUAAGGUAUCACAGAGAUAUUUCAGGAAAAGUCAACAAUUGUCACCAUUGAGGGGUCUGUUUCUGUGUGGCACAGGUUGGCGGUCAAGUGUCUGUUUUCUAAUGGCCAGCUAGUAAAAUGAAAGCAUUGGUACUAAGUAUUACUUUAUACCUUGGUGGAUAUGUAUACUCAAGUGCAGCUGGUAGCAAUGACAUAAUUGUGAAUAUGUUUUACACUCAGCUGUCUAAAUAAAAAAUGUUUCACUGUUUAGUAGAUAUAACCCACAUGAAAACAUGAAUGUGCUUAACUAUGCAUUUUUUCAUUGGGACUAUGUUUAAAAACAGCUUUCUAAACCCGCAGAUCUCUUGUCUGUUGCCUUUGCAAGCCCUCCCCUUCAAACCCAGACUGGACUUUCUGUGGUUGUCCAAUCACAGACUUUCCAGUGGAAGGUGGGUGUUUGGGGCAAUUAAUUGCCUCUUGAGUUUAGCUCCACUGAGCUAAACAAGCCAGGAUGUAAUUGGACAGGUUGCCUGAUUAAACGCCAGUGGGGUGUAACAAGGUUCAUUUUUAAUUAAAAGUGUAAAUUUCUGUUGAAAUCUGCGUUUUUUGUAAAAUUAAUAAUACGCUCUUAACACAUAAAGCACUUCAGUAAGCUGAAAUGCUUUAGGGGUCUGUAGUGUCCCUUUAAUUAUAGCCACCAGCCUGAUGCAGGGAGAUUGAACAUGCUGCUGUAAAAGUGAUAGGAAUUCCCACACUAACUGGCAGCUGUGAAUGUGAACAUGUAUAUAUGACUAUGAAUGUAACUAGAAAAUAUACAGCCAUGACCAGAGAAACCAAUGCCAUCAAAAUAAGUUAACACAGCUUGGACUUUUGCUCUUUAAUAUGUAAUUAAUCAUAACUGACAACAUAUUCCUCAGUCUACCACACUAUACUGGUUAUCCUGUGUAAUGUCAUAAAUGUGUUAUUUCUGCAAUUACAUCAUGGAACAUAUAAUCUCAUAAUGAAUGAUGUUACUAUAAUGUUACUACUCUGGGAAUGGAAACAAAUGUUUAUACAAAUAUGAAGUAAAAUGUUGGCUAACUUCAGCCAUAUGUGCAAUAUUUGCAUACACAUAAUAUAUUUGAAUGUAUUAUGUAUGAUGUUAAAGGACCACUAUAGUGCCAAGAAAACAAACUUGUUUUCCUGGCUCUAUAGGGUCUUUAAGUCACCGUCUGGGUCCCCUUCCUGCCGGGCUGAAUGAGGGGGAAGCGGUUAAACACUUACCUUUCUCUAGCGCCGGGCUCCCUCGGUGCUGGGGACUCUCCUCCCUCUUCUGAUGUCAUCCGCUGAAUGCGCAUGCGCGGCAAGAGUCGCGCGCGCAUUCAGUCAGUCCAUGCUUUUUGGUUCUUUUAAAGGACCACUAUAGGCACCCAGACAUCUUCAGCUUAAUUAAGUGGUCUGGGUGCUAGGUCCUACACAAAAUCUAGCAGGUUACAGGCUAUAUUGGUGUUUUUAUGGCACUUUCACCAAACAAUAUUCUUUUAAAAAGCAGCACAAUGAGCAUUGGAAUCAUUUGUUUAACAGCAGGCAAACGUAUCACCGGUCUCGGAAUUAAAAGGACAAUAUAGGCACACAGUGUUGUAUUCCUAACACUAUAGUGUUCCUUUAAAUAUCCAUUUUAUAUUUAUAUAUAUAUAUAUAUACCUUCACUAUCUACAGUCUAAUACAGGCAUCUAAAAUUCCGGUCUCCUUUGAGGUCCCUGCCCUAAAAUAUCCAAUAACAUAAUUUUACAGCCCUAAAGUAUGUUUUCUAUAUUCCCAAAUAUGAUCAUGAUCUAGAAACUCUUCUUCAUCUUUAAAUAUUCAUGAAGAAAAAGUGCUACAAUAUGAAGUAAAUUAUUAUAUACGAGCAUAACAUCAAUGGCAUUAUUAUCUAUUCAUGCUACAACUAUAAACCCAUUUUAAUGAAAAACAUUUACAAAUAAAUUAUAUUAAGCCACGAUUAUCCCUACUGAUGGCCAAUCUUAGUCUAUUUUGGUGCAUCACAACUGCUUUGAUUAUGAAAUAAUUCCCACUAAUCUAUUAAAGUAUUUUUUUAUUGCUUAUACUACUAAUAAUCACCCUGUUACAACUUACAUUGUUUCAGAUUAACUGAAAUCUCAAAAGCAUUGCGCGCAUCCGCCCCUACUUAACCGCAGAUGUGACUAAGGUGCUGGUCCAUUCCACUGUCCUGGUCCAUUCCACAUUGUUUCAGAUUAACUGAAAUCUCAAAAGCAUUGCGCGCAUCCGCCCCUACUUAACGCCAGGUGUGACUAAGGUGCUGAUCCAUUCCACUGUCCUUUACUACUACUCAGUGGUCUUACUUGCGCCGUUACAGUCCAUAAUGAAUGCGGCAGCGAGGCUCAUCUUCCUGUCUGCCCGUACCUCCCACGCCUCACCCUUCUGUCAGUCCCUACAUUGGCUUCCUGUGAGAUAUAGGGCUCAAUUUAAAUUUCUGGUUCUUGCUUUCACAUCUCUACAUAAUGCUGUUCCCACCUAUCUAUCCUCCCUAAUACACAAAUAUAUCCCGUCUAGGCCCUUACGCUCUGCUGAGGACUUACGUCUAUCUUCUGUCCGUACUCCCACCUCUGAUGCUCGCCUUCAAGGCUUCUCAAGGGCUGCACCAUUCCUGUGGAACUCACUUCCUUCCUCCGUUAGAUUCUCCCCUAGUAUCCACUCGUUCAAAAAAUCAUUAAAAACCCACUUCUUCAGAAAAACAUAUCAAUUAAACUGUAAGUAGCUCCCGACUGAUUCCUCUCUUGCAACUAUCAUUAGUCUAAUAUUAUCCUUACCUAUUUGUGUCACUUUACCCCACUCCCUCGAGCAUGUAAGCUCAUUGAGCAGGGCCCUCAACCUCUCUGUUCCUGUGUGUUCAACUUGUCUGGUUACAAAUACAUGUUUGUUCGUCCACCCACUGUAAAGCGCUGCGGAAUUUGUUGGCGCUAUAUAAAUAAAAACAUAAUAAUAAUAACUGUAGUAAACAUUUAGAAAAAUAAAAAGUUAAAAUAUGAGUAUGAGUCUGUGUAAAUGAGUAUGUAAAAUGCAAAAAUUGUAACAUAGAUUAAUGCAUUCAUUGCUAUUUUGGUUUCAAAAAAUGCAGAACUAAAUAUGUUUUUAAUUAAAAUACAGACAGAGGAAUUCAGUCCAUCCUUCUAAAGAUGUCACUAAUAGUCAGGGUCCCCUUGCAGCAGGUAUGGACUUUUUUUGCCUUUAGCAGACAGACAGAAAGAUUGAUGGAGUGAUCUGCGUCAGGUCAUCUGCAUAUCAAGAAGUUGUUUAUUGUUCCCAGUAGUAUGCAUAGCCGUUGAUAACAACAGUUCUGGAGAUCUCAUUUAGGUAAAUUCGCCAAGCUUUCUUUAAUUUCUCUGUAAACACUUGGGUGUCAACAUUUCUGUUCUGGCAUCUAUAACCUGUCCUGCAGGCUUUUCAAUGUAAACACUGCCUAGUAACACCGCUAGUGGCCGUCACUCAAAUGGCCACUGGAGGUGCCUCCUAGGCUAGUGUUCCAUGCACAUUCAGGGUAUUCACACUCUGCAUAAGGACACUGAACAUUCCCCAUUGUGAUGCAUUGGUUCAAUGCAUAUCUAUAAAUAGAUGCUGAUUAACGCAGCGCAGCAUUUUGGCGCACAUGUGCAAUAGCCUCCCAAAUAUUUCAGAUGGGAUAGCAUUGGAUUGUCUGAAAUCAUCAAAAUUGAUUAUCCCCCCAUGGAGGUGGGGCCCCCUGAGGUGAAACUAGCAUGCAAUUGGAUAGGGGUCGGUAUUUUUGUUUAAGUCCACCCAGCCUUUGCUACCUUUGGGAGAGCUAGAGAGGAUCCUUUAUCUGGGGUCUAGUGGUGCUUAUCUGGUCUUCCUACUUUUCCUGCUCUACUUCCUGCUGGGUGGAGUGACAUCAUAAUGAUGGCUCCUCGGAUCACAGCAGAUUACACCUCACUUGCCACCUUAGUGAGGCUGAUAAAAACCAGGCUGACAAAAAUCCAGGCGACCUGGUGCCUGGGAUUUGUCAAGACCUACUGUAUACAACUAUAUAUAACAAACAAACAUGUUACUCACACCGCAUAUAUAUCCAUAUAUACAACAAUGGAAUCACAUACAGAGGUAGCCAUAAAUAAGGAAAUAUUUUAGAAUGAGGAAGGAGUGAUGUAGUGUGGACAGAGCACACUACAAAAUGCACAACAAAAUGCAGUUACGUCCUUAUGAAGCUAUUAAAUGCAUAUAGUUUGUGAUGGUGCCUGGAGUGUCACUUUAAUUAGCUGUACAUUCACAAUUGCAAAUACUUGGGUAUGCCAAGCCCAAGCUAAUGGGAGAGAAAAGAUUUGUAUAAUUCAGUUGUUUAACUAUACCUAUGUCAAAGAGGGUGUUCCUAAAGGGACAUGCUAUGGAGAUGAUGAAAAUAGGUGAUCCUUCCAGGAAGGGGCAAGGGAUCGCCCAAAGAAAGCACAUCAUCAUGAAAUGAAUAUAUGACAGUCUGACUGGCCAAUCCCAGGACAUUGCAUGCACAGAGUACUGUUGAAGCUCUCUCUGCAUGGUCCUAGUGUACAAUUAGGACAGAAUACAUAUUUUACAAAGAUUUGCUCUAAAACUAGAGGGCAUCACACUAAUAGAUGUUUACUAUAAAAUUAAACAAAUUUACAUGUGUAACAUGGUUAUUGUCUCCCAUUGUCGCACUAAUGUAACAAUCUGUUAUUGUGUCAAGGACUUGCUGUAUGUGAUACAACAAUAUUCUGAGGAAACUGUUGGUUAAAUAGUAGCAAAGGGGGUUUACUCUAGCAUUGUGACAGUGAUUGAAUUGACAAGGAGCCCAGAUCAGCAACACUUUUUUGCCUUCCAGUAACAGGAAUGUUGAUGUCAUUAAAAAGACACUCCAGGCAUUAAAACGGUGCGGCAUGCUGUAGUGGUCACAAUGCAAGAAGUCCCCAGUUGUCAUCCUUUAGCCAAACUGUUUCUAAAUGGUUUGACUCUUAUCUUGCUGUGUCAAAUGUUGAACACGGGGGGAGGAGGAGGGCAUAUUUAAUAUGUGAACUCUCCAGGCAGUUCACAUAUUAAAUAGUGCAAACCACCGGAACUGCUGGUAGUUAUCAACACUGUUUGGCCACCAUGUCUGUUGCAGAGAGAGGGAGCGUGAGGGAGACAUUGAAGAAUAUAAAACAUCCCCAAGCCCAUUAAGAUCCUUUGGAGUACUUUAAAACAAGCCUUCUAUCAUGAUUAUAAUAGAAGAAUUGUUUUAAUCACCCCAGGUGGUUUAGGGGUGUGUUUUAUUUUUUAUGGUCCUCUGCCUCCUGCUGUGGCCUGGUGUUUAGCAGUCUAUUGGCAGGGUGCAUGGGUGGUUAAAUGUGGGUGAUGUGAUCCACACCUGUGAGAGAUGCCAAAAAGCUGCACUAUCCCCUCAUGUCCUGGUGGCAUAAUACAUGCCAAAGUUGGCAAAUAUGAUAUGAGAAGAUCUAUUUUAAUAAACCACCUAUGUUCAGCAUCUACUAAAAGUGAACCUGGCUGUAGGUUUUAUGUUGUGCUUCUUCCCCUGAGGAGUUCAAGUGCAAACCAGUCCAGUAGGCUCAAAAGAAUAAUAAUGAGAUGUUUUGCUGCCAGGUAACAAGAAACCAGGUCAAAGUUAGUAGAAAGUCCUUUGCUCAGUUUGAGGUAAAGUAAAACAGAUGCAUUGGAAUCCAAUCCAUUCUGAUGUUAGUAAUAAACCUCUAAGUCCAUUUUUCAACUGUUGAGCCUCAAGUAUUGAUAGUUACAGAGUAUUUUCCAGUAAAGAUAAAUUAAGAUUUUCUUUCCGGGAAUAUGCAUGGUGUUAUUACCCAAUUUAGUGGUAGUUAUUUAAUUGAAUCAGCCUCAAAUCAAGCCUGCUGCCCUGUGUUUGAGCACGUUCUACACUUUCUGUAUUAACCAACUGAAAUAAAGAUAUAAAAUGUUCACUAAAUAUAAUUUGUGGUGAAUGGAAAAUAUACAGGGUUAAAGUCAGAACUGCCAGGGAUUCGAAGUGGAUUUUAAAUGUAAAACCUAUACAAACUGACCUAGACCUGACCUGACCCACCCAUCUUCUGUCCCAACAAUACAUUGCUGAUAUAUGUGAAAAUAUUUUUUAAAAUAUAACAUAUUUAGGACAUCCAGAAAUUGUCUGCUUCAUGUCUAAAUAGUAAAUGGGGAUUCCUUUACCUGUAUUACUACCAAAUGUAUUGUGGUGCUGAAGUUGCUGUAAAUUGAGAAGUACUAAAAUACUCUUUAGCUGCUAAUUACAAAGCAAGGAUUAUUUUAAAUGGUUCAUUUAGUGAAAAUCAUAACAUUGAACAUUAGCUUCAUUGUUCAACUUCAAUGGUUGAAAUUAAGGAUUCAAGUAACGCAAAGGCGUGCUCAGCCUAUUGCAUUAGGGUGUGCAUCCUAAAGCACAAACACACGCCACAUGUGUGUAUAUAUAUAUAUAUAUAUAUAUAUAAAAAAAUAAAAAAUAAAAAUUGAUUCCUGCACUCACGCUGAAUUUUCCCUUCACGACCGGGUGCCAACCAUAUAUAGCCAAAAAAUAUAAAAAUAUAAAUUAAUGGUUGCACUCACGGUUUUUCCAAAUAAAAGUCCAAAGUUUAUUGUCAAUUCAUAAAAGCUGCGAUCGCAGCUUUUAUGAAUUGACAAUAAACUUUGGACUUUUAUUUGGAAAAACCGUGAGUGCAACCAUUAAUUUAUAUUUUUAUAUAUAUAUAUAUAUACACACACACACACACACAUACAUACACUGCUGUUUGUGUGUGAGGGUGCUGUGUGUGUGUGUGUGUCUGUGUGUGUGAGGGUGCUGUUAGUGUGAUGUGUGUGUGAGGGUGCUGUUAGUGUGAUGUGUGUGUGAGGGUGCUGGUAGUGUGCUAUGUGGGUGAGGGUGCUGUUAGUGUGCUGUGUGUGAGGGUGCAGUUUGUGUGUGAGGGUGCUGUUUGUGUGCUGUGUGUGAGGGUGCUGGUAGUGUGCUGUGUGUGAGGGUGUUUGUGUAUGUGUGUUAGGGUCCUGUUAGUGUGCUGUGUGAGGGUGCUGUGUGUGUGAGGGUGCUGUUUGUGUGAUGUGUGUGUGCGAGGGUGCUAUGUGUGUGAGGGUGCUGUUUGUGUUAUGUAUUUGUGAGGGUGCUGUUAAUGUGCUGUGUGUGAGGGUGCUGUUUGUGUGAGGGUGAUGUGUGUGUUUGUGAGGGUGCUGUUAGUGUGCUGUGUGUGAGGGUGUUGUGUGUUUGUAAGGGUGCUGUGUGUGGGUGUUUGUGAGGGUGCUGUUAGUGUACUGUGUGUGAGCGUGCUGUGUGUGUGUGUGUGAGGAUGCUCUGUGUGUGAGGGUGCUGUAUGUGUGCUGUGUGUGUGUGAGUGCUGUAUGUGUGUGGGUGCUGUUUGUGUGCUGUGUGUGUGAGGGUGCUGUUUGUGCUGUGUGUGUGAGGGUGCUGUGUGUGCGCGCUGUAUGUGUUAGGGUGCUGUGUGUGUGUAGGUGCUGUAUGUGUGUGUAUGCUGUAUGUUUUGAGGGAUUGUGAAGGGAGGAGGGAUGCUUGCUGCCAUGUGCCAUCCCUGGUGGUCCAGUGCUCAGAUCUCGCGAGAGGAACCUGGCGGAGCUUCUGUCUAGAGCUCCUUGGGUCCUCUCCUGCCUGCCUCCAUGCUGCUGUGGGCCGGUGAGGUAGCUACCUGGAGAGCUGGCGUGGACCUGUCCCUGGGGUCUGAUAUGGAGACAGGCGCCCGACAGGGGGGGUCCAUCACCUCUUGGCCCACCCACCCCCAUGACAGGGUGAACACGGGGGGAGGAGGAGGGAAUUUGCGGGCGGCAGGACUCACAGGCGUGCCGCUGGGAUUAGGGUGUGCCCAGGCACACCCGGCACAUCCUGUGCGCACGCCUAUGAAGUGAAGUAAACCAAGUGACAAUAAAUACAGUCUCUUCUGAUGUCACUAACAGAUCUCUUUAUUUUACCAAGCACUGACUAACCAAAGAGAUAAAUCCAGAAUGGGUCUUGCUUUCCAAGUACCAGUAGCCAAGAAUACCCACAGGGUUAGUUCCCUACCAGAUAUGUAUAUUAUGAAAAGAACCCAGCUAAGCAGCUUAUCUCUAAGGUGACAUUGACUACAGGCCACUGUUUCUGGCUAAAUAAAAAGCAAGGGAACUAAAUGUCGGAGUGGGCUGACAUCUGAUUGACCUACACUUGUGAUGACAAUGAUAGUAUCCAUAUAUAGGGAUAAACCCAAAUGAUUAUGUCUUUGGAAACAACUGAUGGAUUAGUGCAUGUUGUAUAGAGAAUUAGUUUCUGUUUAUUGAUCAGUUUAUGUUCUUCAUUACUUUCAUUCAUGAAUGAAUAAAUUAUUACUUCUAUGACAGUAUUUUUAUAACUUACCAGGCUUCCCCAAACUCUGGCCCUCCCGAUGUUGCUUAACUACAACUCCCAUGAUUCUCAGCCUAUCUAUUUCAUUCAUAGAAUCAUGGGAGUUGUAGUUCAGCAUCAUCUGGAGGGCCGGAAUUUUGGGGAAGCCUGACUUAGACAAUAUCUGAAGAUAGAUUUGCUGAGAACCCCAACAGAAAAGGGGAAUCUGAGUAUAAAGGGAAGUCAUAGAAAAUGAAUGACAUAUAAGUGUACACACAGAGAAUUUAUACGACGGGUGACGUGCAGUACCAUUUCUGUGGAGUCAGUGUAUCCACUUCAUUAUUAAUAGUGGUCCCUAGUUCAGUGGCAGUCCACAUCAAUGAGAAAGGCACCAUAUUAUAUUGCCCAUUGUAUGUCCUAUUGAAUCUGAGGGGAAGUGGAAUAAACAUAAACCUCACUCCUCCUUCCAUGCCUCUUGACUUAUGUCUGAGGAGAAUGAAUGGGCAUCAUCAUUCACCUUAUCAUCUCUUCUCUUUACAGUUUUGGUCUCUUGCAGACAAGCCUUGCAACAACACACUCUCUUACCUCCCACGCUCCCCUCACCCACUCACUCGUUGGUCCUGUUUUAUUAUAUUAGGUCCCCUGAUUACUCAAUUAUUCAGCUGCUAGCUCCUCUCUGCACUUUUACAAUCUCCAUAAUUGAUUAUUCACCAUCUUUCAUUCUCAACUAUUUCUGCCUUGCUGUCAGACAGCUACACUACCUAAUACCGUGGCGUCGCUAGGGAGGGGGCAGAGGGGGCCAUGGCCCCCCCCUACAUCAUGCUGUGCUCCCCCUUGGGCCCCCCCAAAUGCCGGCAACUUACUGGCCAUGUGUUUCAAUUAUAUUCCCCCGGGCUGUUACAGUGUGUGACAGCCCGAGGGAAUGCAGGACAGAGCAGCUAGAACGCUGCUGGGGCUGGAGGGAGCACUGACAGGCUCCCCGGCACAGGCCCCGCCUCCCGCAAAUAAGCCCCGCCCCACCAUAAAGCAGCAGACCAUGCUGCUGCAGAAGAUGGCUGUCUGACCCCCAGCAACAGCCUCCUGUGACAGGUAGGGUGUGUGUGUGUGUAUAGACUCAGCAGUCUCUGUGUGUGUGUGUGUGUGUGUGUGUGUGUGUAUGGACUCAGCAGUCUGUGUGUGUGUGUGUAUAUGGACUCAGCAGUCUGUGUGUGUGUGUGUGUGUGUGUGCAUGGACUCAGCAGUCUGUGUGUGUGUGUGUGUGUGCACAUGGACUCAGCAGUCUGUGUGUGUGUGUGUAUGUAUGGACUCAGCAGUCUGUGUGUGUGCAUGUGCAUGGACUCAACAGUCUGUGUGUGUGUGUGUAUGGACUCAACAGUCUGUGUGUGUUUGUGUGUGUGUGUAUGGACUCAGCAGUCUUUGUGUGUGUGUGUGUGUGUGUGUGUGUGUGGACUCAGCAGUCUGUGUGUGUGUGUGUAUGGACUCAGCCGUCUGUGUGUCUGUGUGUGUAUGGACUCAGCGUCUGUGUGUGUGUGUGUGUGUGUGUGUGCACAUGGACUCAACAGUCUGUGUGUGUGUGUGUAUGUGGACUCAGCUUGGUCUGUGUGUGUGCAUGUGCAUGGACUCAGCAGUCUGUGUGUGUGUGUGUGUGUAUGGACUCAGCAGUCUGUGUGUGUGUGUGUGUGGACACAGCAGUCUGUGUGUGUUUGUGUGUGUGUGUAUGGACUCAGCAGUCUUUGUGUGUGUGUGUGUGUGUGUGUGUGUGUGUGGACUCAGCAGUCUGUGUGUGUGUGUGUAUGGACUGUACGUCUGGACUCACAGUCUGUGUGUGUGUGUACACAGCUGGUGUAUGGACUCAGCAGUCUGUGUGUAUGUGUGUGUACUCAGCAGUCUGUGUGUGUGUGUAUGGACUCAGCAGUCUGUGUGUGUAUGGACUCAGCAGUCUGUGUGUGUACGGACUCAGCAGAGUCUGUGUGUGUGUAUGGACUCAGCAGUCUGUGUGUGUAUUUACUGAGCAGUGUGUGUAUGGACUCAGCAGUCUGUGUGUGUGUGUGUAUGGACUCAGCAGUGUGUGUCUGUGUGUGGACUCAGCAGUCUGUGUGUGUAUGGACUCAGCAGUCUGUGUGUUUGUAUGGACUCAGCAGUCUGUGUGUGUAUUUACCCAGCAGUCUGUGUGUGUGUAUGGACUCAGCAGUCUGUGUGUGUGUGUGUGUGUGUGUGUGUGUAUGGACUCAGCAGUGUGUGUCUGUGUGUGGACUCAGCAGUCUGUGUGUGUAUGGACUCAGCAGUCUAUCAAUAAUUAAAAUUCCUGUGAGUGGUGUAGGAAGGGCCCCAGUGCAUUGCUUUGCCCGGGGCCCUUAACUCUGUUAAAAUGGUACUGCUUGUGUGUGUCAGUGAGCUUCUAUUUAGUGAGCAUGUGUGUGUCAGUGAGCUUGUCUUUAUUGAGCUUGUGUGUGUCCCUGAACUUCUUUGUAGUGAGCCUUCUGUUUAUACAAGUGAGUUUGUCUGUAGUAAGCUUGUGUGUGAGUCAGAGAGUUUUGUCUGUCAGUAAGCCUAUUUGCGCAUGUCAGUGAGCUUGUGUGCUUACUGUACUAUAUAUAUAUAUAUAUAUAGACUUGUAGGAAUGGCAUACAUUUUUUUCCAGGGCUGCUUUGGAUUCCCAGGGAUUCCCAGUUUGGCUCUGCCAGCGAGUGCACUUUACCGCUGAAUCAUCUGUGUGAGCUGCCGCACACUUUAGCCCUGUUACACGCGUCUGGGAGCGGCUGUUGACAGGUACUAGUAGUCUAGAGAUUGGGACAUGGGGUAUAUGCUCAGCUAUCUUUAUAAUACAGAUCUGUGUGUAUAUAAUAUCCCGGGAUAGUCAGUGCUUCCUGUAUAGUGCUGCUCUCUGUAUAAUACAGGCCUGUGCCUGUAUAAUAUCCCGGGCCAGUCAGUGCUCCCUGUAUAGUGCUGCUCUCUGUCUUGGGAUAUUAUACACAAACAGACCUGUAUUAUACAGAGAGCAGUGCUAUACUGGGAGCACUGAGUGUCCCAAUUUAUUAUACACACAACCCUGUAUUAUACAGAGAGUACUGACUGUCCAUUGAUAUUAUACCCAGACAGUAAUUGAUAGCUGUGCUGCAAAAUGUCCUUGGAAAUUUUUUUCAAAUGUUGGCAACUAUGGCACUGUAUCAAGGGUAAUGUGUUUGUUUUUUAAUAAUCCCUGGUGGAAAAUAAUGAAUCCUCCACCAUGGAAUAUUAAAAAAACAAAACACAUUGUGUGGGGUGCUCAUCCUACCCAUAAUUUUACCAGAACAACCGAAAAUCUCUUAUAUAUACCUUGUCGCGCAUCCCAUUCCUUUCGCUGUGCCAACUGGAAUGCACUCUCAGUCUAUAGCACCAUAAAAUUCAUAUUUUACACAUUUAGUGUAUCUGUGUGUGUUUACCAAACUGUUUGAUAUGUUGAUAACUUGUUUAUGUGUGCGAUAGACUGACAGACCCACAGAUUGACCGACCGACCGUUCGAUAGGCACUUGCAAUACAUAUCAGGUCUGUGGGUUAUUUCUAUGUAUUCUGUAUUUUGGCUUCAUGUUUCUACAUGAUUUUAGAUUUAUUUUGAGGUGCAAUGUUCAACACUAGACUAAGGAAUCCAAGUAUUUGGUUGUUGCAUACCUUCUGAUGAUUUUUCCUAAACUACAUUAAGAAAUAUGUAUAUUUUAAUUGCAACAGAAAUGUAAUGGAGCAGCUGAGCUUUAAUAUUGUGAAAAUGAGUGUUUGGUUGCUGCUUUCCUUUUUAUGUUAAACAUUUCUGAGCAUUUAAAAAAAAAACAGAUCUACCCUGAAACCAAACUUAAAAGGUUGGUGAUAGAUUGUUGGGGCAGCUUGCCAGCCUGUUGGUGCCAAGAGAGGCCUAUCUUCUGUUAAACUAUUUAAAACACUGUGAAAUAAAACAUGGUGAUAGAGCCCUCCGAAAAAAUCUUCGCUGAAUCUGUUUAUACACACAUUGCUAAUAAGACGUUACCCUUGCUCCUACUACUUCUGUACCUCAUUGUUUUUAUUUAUAUCCAACAUAGAGGGACAUACAGUGAUAUCAGGGAUAUAAACACUGUAAUUAUAGUGAUUUGCCUGGCAAAGAAUCUGGACUGUCUCAUAACAGUAGUUAUAUUAGUAUAAAAAAAAUAUAUCAUAUACAUAUUUUGUAAAUUAAUUUUUUAUAUAUUUAAAAAAAAAAAAUGUGCAUACAAUUAUUGAGAAUAACUAUAAUCUAGAUUAAUUUAUUAGCUCUCAUUUAGUGGCCUGACCUAUGUAACCCUGAGUCACCUUUCCUAAUUCCCUGAGUGAGAGGCCUGUGUUUGGUGUUUCAGUGAGCAAGGCUGACAGUGUGCUGGUACUGGCAGCACGGCGCUGUGCAUGCAGUGUGAGUGCGGACAUGCACCGCCCAUCCGAGCUAUUAAGAUGCCUUCAGUACGUCACCGCUGCCGCCUGUCUCUCCCUGCUGGCUGCUCUGUGUGUUAGACGCUGCCAGCUCGCUGACUAGUACCAGGACACUGCCCGCAGAACGGGCCUGACCAUAUCAGCCUCUCAUCAACCGAGCCAAGGUAAGAAAGCCACCCCGAGGGCCUGGGGAACCUGGGCGGCAAUUACCGUAAUAUCAUUUCCUGUACAUACAUGAGAGCCCCCUUCCCCCUCCUCCAGACACAGUGACUCUCAUUUUAUUGAGAUCGAACACUGUAAAUACAGCGAGCUGGAGAUAUUUCCUGAUUCAUUCAUUAUUACAUGUAUCAAUAAAUACUGCUGUUGGGUUUAUAGAAAUAACAAUUUAUCAAGGCAGUGUUAAGCCAUUGCUAUUAUUAUUAUUAUUAUUAUUAUUAUUAUUAUUAUAUCAUGCGUGUUUGUGGGUGAGUUUGUCAUUUGACUAUUUGCAUACUGUGUGGGCAUUUGUGAAUUUGAAUAAUAAUAACUUAUUAUUAGCUAUGUAAGAAGUUAAUUACAUUUCUAUUACACUUUCUAGCUACUAAAGUCCGUUUCACAUGAUGGAACAGAAACAGAAACCAUACGUAAUAUAAAGAAUAUAAUUAUUUGUUUUGAUAUUUGCAGCAAGGUUAAAAAAACACAAAAAACAAAACAAAACACUAUUGCACUAGAAAUGAAAACCUGUAUUCAUAACGAUAUAGUGUCCCAUACACUAGAUUUACACCCCCACCCCCGGUCUUUGCGAUAAAAUGUAAAAAAAUACGUUUUUACUUAUUGUUUUUUAGCUCUGAGACUUCCUCUGCGCUACUCACCUUUCGGGCUCCCGCAAUGUCAUGGAGAACGCACAUCCUACCCUGUGAUGCUCCAAUCCAAUGUUCCACAUAAAGGAGCAUUGGGGGCCUAAAGCGCCUGCAUGGUGAACGCGACGUGUGUAUUCAAGCUCCCCCAUAUGAAAGCAUUGUAUCAAAUGCUUUACUAUAUGCUUCCUCUUCACGUUAAUGAGUUUUACUUGGUCAGGGACUAUAGGUGGACCAAAAGGGUUAUUCUAACCCGUUUUAUGACAUACUUUUUAAAAUUUAUUUAGCACCCCUGCAACUAUAAAAAUGUUUACCUGGAAUCCAGCUCCUGGCAUAGAUUUACAUACCCCUUUGUGACAUUACUGUAUUGCCAAAGUCAUGUAUGUGCAGUGCAGGGGCAGAGGGACACUUUAGUGUUAGGAAUACAUCUUUGUUCUCCUAACAAUAAAGUGUUCUUUUAAUUGUGAUAAAGUGGUCUGGGUGACUAUAGUGUCACUUUUUGUGUUUAACAUCGGUAUUUGACAAAACAAAAAAUACCUAUCUUAUCCACAGCAUUUCUGAUUCUGUUUCCUGAUAUCUUAUGAUACUGUUUCCACAAGACACCCUGAGUGCAAUGCAAAAUACAAAUAGCAUCAAUAAAAUUGCCACAAUUAGAUUUCCCAGUCACAGUUUUGAAAAAUACAUAAGUCAGGUUUAGCAAUUGUAAAACAUUGCUUUUUGGGGUCUAAAAUCCCCAUCCAUUAACUCUCAGUAAAGGAAGUGACCAGCACCAGCAGAUCCCAAGUAUUAUCCCAGAUCCCAAACCAAUAGCAAACCGUUUGACUAUUUACAUGACGUGCUGUCAGGGCAUUUCUUGCACCACAAGCACUGCAGUGCUUAUGUAACUCUUUAAGUGUAUUUGAUGUGGUUACAUAGUCUUUUUUUAAAAAUCAAGAUUUUGUGCCAAAAAAAUCAUGAAAAAUGCCUUAACGCAUCAGAGUUGUUUUAGCAGCACGAGGGUUACUCACACAAUAUUAGGAAGGUGGUUUUAAUGUUUUGGCUGAUAAGUGUGUGUGUGUGUAUGUAUGUAUAAUAUCCCGGGACAGUCAGUGCUCCCUGUAUAGUGCUGCUCUCUGUCUUGGGAUAUGUGCAUCCAUAUGAAUGUAUUUCCGUCCCUGAUUUGCUCCCACUAUCUUUUUAGUUGGCCUUGCGUAAUGACCUGAUUUAUGCAUUUGUAUUCACACUGUUCAAAGGGAUUUUCUUUGCAAAAUCCUAUGUUUGUUUUACUUAUUUACUUUCCAGGCAGCAAUCCACUUCAGUUGAACUUACAUGACCAUUUGCCUAAACAUUCUAAUAACUUUGUUGCAGGACUGUAUUUUAACGAAUAGGGUUUGAAAUUCUGUCCCAUAGUAGGGGGAAUACAAUCUGAUACUCUAUCUUAUUAUAAUAAUUAUGUUUUCAAGAGAUAUCCGUAUAUUCAGUCCAAUGAUAAUUAAAUAUAAAAAUAGCCUCUUACCGGAGAAAGGCCUGUCCUUCACACUUUGAAGUCUAUGGUGUAUAUUUUAAAGGGCUACUCCAAGCAUCAUGAUCUCUAGCUCCUGCUGUAGUUGUGAUUCCAGGAGCACCCUGGCCUCAUUUGCCAGUAACAGGAGCAAGCCAUUUUGCACGGUUUGUUCUAUUACCUGGGUCCCUGCCAGCCAUUUAUUGGUUGAGAGCAUCAGCUUACUGUUCUUACCCAAUAAAUGCAAUUCUGUGCAUAGGAAUAUGCACAGAGUUAACGUUAGUCAACGCAGAACUCUUUUCCAGGAAUACUAAUGACAGUCCUGUGACACUGCCGGAGGCGGAGUUACACCUCCCACAGCAAGGGGUUAGUGAAAUGCUGCACUCCAAGAACCAUGAACACUUCACAUCACAUCACUGAAAUGGUUAUGGUGUUAUAAUUAGAAAUGCAUGACACUUUUAUCUGGAUCUUAAGGGGUUUAUUCACUAAUCUGAGUUUUGGGAAAUGAACAAGGGAUAUUUUAUGGCAAUAUAGCAACGUUGGAGAAUGUCUCUAAUUCAGCUACUUUAGCCUAAUGUUUGCAAUUCUCUUGUCACUUCUUCAAAAUUUCUGGUUUAGUGAAUGAACCAGCAUUUGCUUUGAAUUAAUUAGAAUUUUCAUUUUAGUGAAUAACUCUGUGUGUGUAUUCUUUUUAACACUAAUUUCCAUUAACAGUGCAAACACCUGGUCCUCUUCCAUGUAUAUUAUAGCUUAAGGGUAAGCUUAGAAAACCUACUUUGCAUAAUAUAGGAGUUAUCCUGCUAGCAAAAUGAAUUCCACAGGUAAAACCUGCAGAAUUUAUAUCCUCCUGCGGCUUCUUUUUCCAAUAAUUAAUGGGUCGAUGUCCAUUGCUUAGUUCAGUUGCUUAGUAUAAUAGUUGUGGGCACAAAGUGCUUGUGGUACUAUUUAGCUUAACCAAAUGCUAUUUAUAUGAAAGCAUUGAAAAGCAUUUUUUUUUUUUUUUUUUAAAUGAUGCAUUCAAAAGUCUAGUUUGAACAACAGCCUAGGCCAGUGAUGGCGAACCUUUUUGAGCCCGAGUGCCCAAACCGUAAUACAUGCCAAUUUUUUUUCCUGUCUGUGUGUAUUUAGCAGUCUGUCUGUGUGUAUUUAGCAGACUGCUGAAUACACACACAGACUGCUGAGUACACAGUCUGCUGAAUACACACACAGACUGCUAAAUACAGACACACACACACACACAGACUGCCGAGUACACACACACACACACACUGCUGAGUACACACACAGACUGCUGAGUGUACACACACACACACACACACACACACAGCCUGCUGAGUGUACACACACACAGCCUGCUGAGUGUACACACACACACAGACUGCUGAGUGUACACACACACACACAGACUGCUGCGUGUACACACACACACACAGACUGCUGCGUGUACAUACACACACAGACUGCUGCGUGUACACACACACACAGACUGCUGCGUGUACACACACACACAGACUGCUGCGUGUACACACACACACACAGACUGCUGCGUGUACAUACACACACAGACUGCUGCGUGUACACACACACACAGACUGCUGAGUGUACACACACACAGACUGCUGAGUGUACACACACACACAGACUGCUGAGUGUACACACACACACACACACAGACUGCGCAGUUUGUACACACACACACAGACUGCUGAGGUACACACACACACAGACUGAGUGUACACACACACACACUGUGUACACACACACAGACUGCUGACACACACACACACAGACUGCUGACACACACACACACAGACUGCUGAGGUGUACACACACACAGACUGCACACACACUGCAUUGAGGGUACAGUGUAUGUGUUUGUGUGUGUGUGUGUGUGUGAUGUGUGUGUGUGUGUGUGAUGUGUGUGGGGUGAUGUGUGUGUGUGUGUGGGUGAUGUGUGUGUGUGUGUGUGUGGGUGUGAUGUGUGUGUGUGUGUGUGUGGUGAUGUGUGUGUGUGUGUGUGUGGGUGAUGUGUGUGUGUGUGUGUGGGGUGAUGUGUGUGUGGGGUGAUAUGGGGUGGUGUGUGUGUAUGGGGUGGUGUGUGUGGGUGGGUGAUGUGUUUUUGUGUGGGGUGAUGUGUGUGUGUGUCUUUGUGUGGGGUGAUAUGUGUAGGGCAGGGGUGCUGUGUGUAUGUCGUCCCCCUUUCCCCCCCCACACUGUUUUCUUUCCCCCCCAUCCCUCCAUCAUUUUUUUUCUCCCAUCCCACACUGUUUUCUCCCCCCAUCUCUCCCUCAGUUUCCCCUCCCAUCUGUGUGUAUUUAGCAGUCUGUCUGUGUGUAUUUAGCAGACUGCUGAAUACACACACAGACUGCUGAGUACACAGUCUGCUGAAUACACACACAGACUGCUAAAUACAGACACACACACACACACACACAGCCUGCUGAGUGUACACACACACACAUAAGUUCCUGUACCGCGGUGCACUCGGCCACGCUACGCAAAGUGCCUGGCAGGAGGGAGCGCUGUGCGCUAUGCGCUCACCUCCUGCCGGUCACUCCGGUUUUGUGCCCGCCGGGCCAGUGCGCCCUAAGGCGGCCACUUGUGCACCCUCCCUCCUUCCGGUGACCUAUGGCCAUGUGCCCACAGAGGGGGCUCGGCGUGCCACCUGUGGCAUGCGUGCCAUAGGUUCGCCAUCACUGGCCUAGGCUGUGCCUCUGGUGCUCUUUGGUAAGGCUUUGACGUCUACAGGGCCGAUUUACUUAAAGGUACACUAUAAGCAUCCAGACCACUUCAUCUCUUUGAAGAAGUCUGAGUGCAGUGCCCCUAUCCCUUUAAAGGAUUACUCAAGUCACCAUAGCCACUUCUGGUUUUUGAUGGUACGGUGGUAGGAGCCUGGGUGUGUAGCAUUUCAGUUUGAAACACUGUGCAUCCAGAGUAAUUUGCUAUUGUUACCCCCAGCACACAUGAAUUUGGCAGUGUAGCAUUGGGGAUGCAGUUGUGUAUUUGUAUUGUGUAUUUCUAAUGCUACAGUGUUCUUUAUACCAAAGGAAUAUAAAACAUUUAUAGUAGGCCAAAAGCAAAGCACUGUUAACUGUAUAUAUCGUGGCUCACUAGAGCAAAGAAAAUUCAUUAUUUGUAUUAAAAAGAAAUUAAAUUAACCAAUGACUACCUUUUCUACCAUACUAAAUGGAGAACAGCACCAUUAUUUUUUUAUAUCCAUGCCUAUAUAAUAAUAAUUCUUAAGACACUUGUUUAUUGAUGUAUUACCCAUGUGGCACUGAUCAAAAUCAACAGUGGUUACUUUGUUACCGUUGUCUUUUAUUUUAAAAGGACACUAAAUAAAUUUUGGCCAUAGGUGCAGUCUUGCACACAAAGACACCCCAGCAUUCAAAUAGCAACAGUAAAUACAAGCACACAAUUGCAUUCAAAUGCUAAUUCUACACACACAUAUUUUUUUAUUGUUACAAAGUAAUAAAUUACAUAUAUUACAUUUUGUGUAAUUGUUCUUUGUGUAUGCCUUUUUCCAUGUAUUCACACGUCUGUGUAUAUGAAUUUUAUGCAUUUGGCUCUUCAUACCUAUUUCAGUGGUAAAUUUUGCCCUGUAGUUCAAAUGAGUUUGAUACCCCUGCUUUAAGGAAAACAAAGAUGGUCUGAAUAAAUUCAUGAUUUAAAAUGUGUUUUUCAUUGUAAAAAUUAUUUAAUACUAUGUUUGAUUUUAAAAGGAUUAAACAUAAAUAAAAUGGGCUUAAAGGGAGACUAUAGGCACCAAAACAAUAGCAUAGCUCAAUGAAACAGUUUUGGUGCAUAGAUCAUGCCCCUUUAGGUGCUCUUAUCAAUUCUCUGCUAUUUAGAUGUUAAAUCACUUUGUUUAUACAACCCUAGUCCCAUCUCCAUGCAAUUUACUUAGACAGCCUUCCUAAACACUUCCUGGAAAGAGAGAUCUAAUAUUUAAACUAUCUUUACAGCACAUUCUGUUUAAUUUAGAAUUUCUUGUCUCUUGCUCUGUUAAUUGCCUUUUAGAUCAUGCCUCUUGUGUGUGUUUAAAGUUUAAUUUACAUUCAGGAGAUACAAAUGUAAAAAGCAAGUUAACAUCUGAGUGAAAAAUGAAAGCCUUUUUUUCAUGUAGGCCAAGCACAAUAACCAUCUUUACGGCCCACCUGCCCUGGGACAGCUUUGUGCUGUGACUGUGAUCAACCGCAAGACAGGAAAGAUCUUUCCUGUCUGAGUCUUGUCUUCCCUCCCACUGCCGAUCGCGUGCUCCCAUGCCUGCAAGAAUGCAGAGUGGCUGUCUGUCUUCCCUCCUGCUAACAGUUCCAGAGGAGCAUCUGGCCUGCUUGAGUAGAGAAGAGCAGAACUGGAGGAUGGGUGGUUCAUCUUAAGGUUGUAGAAGAGGGGUUUGGGGGACCUUCCUGUGUAGUGUAUUAAACUGGGGAAGGGGGACAAUGUAUUAUUUAGGGGGAGGGGGGACGGUGUAUUAAUUUGGGGGAGGGAAGGGGGCCAGUGUAUUAAUUGGGGGGUAGUGUAUUAUGGGGGGUGAGUCAGUGUAUUAAUUUGUAGCAUGGAGGGGGCUAGUGUAUUAAAUUGGGGAGGAAGGGGAUCCGUUUAUUAAAUUGGGGGAGGAAGUGGGCAGUGUAUUAGAGUGGUGGGAGGGUGAGGCAGUGUAUGAGAGUGGUGGGAUAAGGGACAAUGUGUAGUUAAUAGGGGGAGGGUAGUAUAUUAAAUUGUGAGGAGGGAGGGGCAGUGUAGUAAAUUAGAGUGGUGGGAGUGGGGAAAGUGUAUUCAAUGAGAGUGAAGGGGGGCAGUGUAUUAGAUUAAGGGGCAGUGUAUUAGAUUGGGUGGAGGGGGUGGUGUACAAGAGUGGAGGAAGAAGGAGGCAGUGUAUUUGAUUGGCUCUGCAUGGAUGCGCUGAAUGCUCCCCAUGGAGAUGCUGAUGGCCAUGCAUUUUUUUGCCACAGAUGCACAAUUGCCUCCUAAUGCUUUCCUGUGGCCAAAGUGAAGAACAUACUCGUAGGACUUCAAAAUCAACAAGAUAACGUCAUAUGUUUUUUACAACUGUGCAACAGCAUACAUUCACCAUUUCAGUCCCAUUACCAAACUUUUCUUAAUAUGUCAAGGUAGCUGGACUGAAACAUUCUGUCUCCUUAAAAUAAAUUAGCUCUUUUGUUCACUUUGAAGCCAUAGGAGCGUGAGGACAUCAAGUGUCAGUUAAAGGACCACUCUAGGCACCCAGACCACUUCAGCUUAAUGAAGUGGUCUGGGUGCCUGGUCCAGCUAGGGUUAACCCAUUUUUUAAUAAACAUAGCAGUUUCAGAGAAACUGCUAUGUUUAUGAAUGGGUUAAGCCUUCCCCUAUUUCUUCUAGCGGCUGUCUCAUUGACAGCCGCUAGAGGCGCUUGCGUGCUUCUCACUGUGAUUUUCACAGUGAGAGCACGCCAGCGUCCAUAGGAAAGCAUUAUGAAUGCUUUCCUAUGUGACCGGCUGAAUGCGCGCGCAGCUCUUGCCCUGCGUGCGCAUUCAGCCGACGGUGAGGAGAAGAGGAGGAUCGGAGGAGGAGAGCUCCCCGCUCAGCACUGGAAAAAGGUAAGUUUAACCCAUUUUCCCCUUUCCAGAGCCGGGCGGGAGGGGGACCCUGAGGGUGGGGGCACCCUCAGGGCACUAUAGUGCCAGGAAAACGAGUAUGUUUUCCUGGCACUAUAGUGGUCCUUUAAGCAACUUUUUUUACACUGUACUUUUCUAAAUAAACCUAUGUUUCUAUGAAAACUGAAGUUUUUGUUUUUUUGCAGCCCACAGAAACGUAACACCUUGUUUAUUUGGCCCUUGUUAGCCUGUGAGUUUGACGUACUUGAGCACUGCAGGGGCAACAUCUAUCUAUCUACACACAAAAAAAUAUUUCAUUACGUUGAAGUUGUUUUGAUGCCUAUAGUAUCCCUUUAAUUUUAUGUUACAGGCACAACAGUAGCAAUUGAUGAUUCCUGUAUAAAUCUACAAAAACACAGAUUGCUACAGACAAGCCAUAAUUCUUUCUUUCUUUUUUUUUUUUUUACCGGUAUAAAAUAAAUACCAUGUUUUGAUACGAUGUAGUAAACAAUACUGGCAUGCAGGCUUGGGUUCUCCCUGACCCUUUCUUGAUAAACUGCAUUUGUUUAGUGCUAGGAAAUGAACCUUGGUAAAAGUAUCUACAAGAUUGAAGUGGGGUUAUUGUAAAUGAUAGAGGCUUUAACAGUCAUCGUUUCUUACCUUUCAUCAAGCAAGUACACAUAAUCAAUUACUACAUUAGUUAUAUCAUUGAAAUUUCAUUUUUUCCCCAUAGAAUAUAAAUAUAAAUAUGUCACUCAGUGUACUAUAUUAACCUUAAAUGAUACUGUUUUUCAUUGUACCUCUAUUUGUAUUUUAUGGCAGGGAGUAGAAUGUGCUCCUUUGUCCUUCCUGUGUUUGAAGUAUUGAAAAGGACAAUAUCCUUUGAUUUAGUUUUGUUAGAUCAGUGAAGCAACCCCUGAUUACUUCCUGCCGAGUCAAAUUAAAGUGGUAGUGUAACUGCCUUAAGGAUUAGUACACAGAAUAUUUGAGGUGGAAGGAGGUUAUGUUACAUCUUUUUAAUUCUCUGCCAGUUAAAGGAACAUUUACACAGGGUUAUUCACUAAAAUGAGAAUUCAAAGUGAAUUUCAAAUUUAAGGUAAAAGUAGCCAAAACGGAAGCCUAGCUGAGUUGGAGAAUUUUUCCAAUUUGGCUAUUUUGACCUCAAAUUUAAAAUUAAGCACUUUUAAUUCUCACUUCAGUGAAUAACCCCGUAAAGUGAGGAAUAGAAACAUGUAUUGCUAAUGUUAUAGUGUUUUAAUAUAUAUUUAGAUUUACUUAGCAAGUUAAAUAAAUAGUUUUACUUGCCUUUUAGUUCCCCCAACACUGCGGCCACUGCUCCUUCCCAGGCUGAUAUCAUCAUUACAUAUGAUCUCCGUCAAUCCAAAGCUUUUCCAUAAGGAAACAUUUGGGGGCAAUAGUGCGUGAGUGGUAAUUGAUAAGCCAAUUAUCUUCACAUAGAUAUGCAUUACAUUAAUGCCUCUCUAUGAGGAGAUGCUGAGUGGCCAGCACAGCUUUUUGCCAUGCAUGCGCAAUAGCCUUCUAAAGCAUUGGAUUGGCUGAGAUCAGCUCUUUUGAUGAUCUCAGCCAAGUAGGUGAAACAGGAGCGUAGCCAGCUACAAAAGUAAAAUCACCUUUUACAUUGCUUACAGGGAGGCGGAGACCUGAACUGUGUUUAAACCGCUAUAGUGAUAGUAAUAUAUGUAUUUUGUAUAGUGUUCCACAUUCACAAGUGGAUUAACAAUUCUGUUGGGUGUUAAAGCCAGUUUUUUUUUCUAUUUUUCUUGCCCCCAAAGCAGUAGUCCAGGCACUGUGUAUUGAGGGAAAUCAUAGUAGUGCAUCCAAGCAUGCUAAUGACUAUAACAACACAGAUGAUAAAUAACCAAGAAGCCUAAUCACUGUAUUCUGAAUUGCUGCAAACACUCUAGGUCCCUGUUUAGAAGAAGCCAUUUUCCAAAAGCCAGAGUCAAUUCCCAGUGUUUGGCCAUUGGACCAUUUCUGUGUCUCACCGGACACCAAACGUCUCUUUGCCAAGGUGUGCAGCAAAAGACACUGUGCUUUCCUUUUUGAUCAUGUGCUUCGAGAAAAGAGACUGACUGUCAUGUGACACAUAAAGAAUUAACGUGUUUUGAUGAAUAGAAACUAAGUAGGUUGUAUGCAGCAGGGUUAUGAAUGAAUGUAUAUUGAACGUUUGCCAGUAAACUACCAUGAUAAAAUCUGGAAAUACAGCGAUACAACUUGUUCUGUCUCUCGGUCAUUUUACGUCUCUAUUAUACUUGAAAGACUUUGAAGCACUUUUUGUCUAGAGAAAAAUGCAACAAGCGCGACCAAGAAGCCAAACACAAGAAUAGAGGUACAGACAGACAAAUAGCGUUACGCACACAGAAAAUGACAGAGGGAGCGUCAUGUGCAGCUGCACACAAAGAGAGACAAGUAGGCAGCUCUAAUCAUUUUUCUUAAUAAAAACUAGGCAUUAAAAUUGAAGAGGUUGACAGUGCACUUUUUUUAUUAGUAUUUAUUUUAUAAAUAUAUUCCACAGCCUUCAUAAUUUUACAUCUGUGAUUAAAAGAACAAAACAUUUUGUAUAUAUAAGGAUAAAUUAAGCUUAGAUUAGAUCAAUAGGAGACAUUAUGUACACACUUAUAUCUAAAUACUUUGCCUACGUGAUCUUCUAAAUAUAAUUUUUCUUUGUGUUUUAAUCCUGGGUGUGGAUUACGUAUGUAGGUAAGUAUGUGAAUUGCAAGUGCUGACGCAUAGUUUCUUUAAACCUUUUGAUGCCAGCCCUGCUUUUGCCAGGACACAGAAUGCAUACUCCAAGGUCCAACAAAGGCAAAUUUAUUAGAACCAAUUGACAAGCAGCAACGUUUCGACCUUUAUGGUCUUUCUCAACCUUGAAGUGCCUAAACCUUUCUUUGUUUUCUGCAUAUGGUAUGUGGGACCUGGUGCUGGGUCCAGGUUUAGUUGCACCCUGGUUUAGAGUAAUGGGUUUUAAUGCAGUUCUGAAUUUACUUCAGAACAGAAUGCAUACAGUCAUGUGCCUACCUGGGGCUGGAUUCUCACCUAUUUAAGUGAAGAUUCUGUAGUGAAAUAUGAUUUUAAAAAAAAAACGGUUACAUUUGCUGUUUAAUGUAUUGUAAGUAAGUUAUUUGCAUGUUGAUCAUCACGUCCAGUUAGCCUUACACCCAGUGGUGUAUCCUGGUUUUGUGCUGCCCUAGGCUCCCAGCCUCACUCUGCGGCGCGCGAGGGAGCUAAGGGAGCUGAGCAGACUGCUCAGAGGAAGAGCUCCGUAGCUGGCCGCCCAGCAUGUCAGUUAGCCGCGAGGCUAACAAGGCAUUUGCCCUGGGCAUUUGGGGGGGGCGGCUUUUUUUGCCGCCCCAUGGAAGAUGCCGCCCAAGGCAGAUGCCUUGUUUGCCUCGCGGCUAAAACGUCCCUGCUUACACCACACCUUAAGUUAAACAACAUUGCUUCAUUGUAAAUAACUCGUUUUGUGUGAUUACUGUAAAUUGUGGAUAUGACAGACUUUUCAAAAUAGCCUCCUUUUGUUUAACUUUCUCAGUGAGUAUUCAAACCUUCAUGUUUGAUAACGAUCAACAAAAGAAAUUUAGUAAGUUGCUCUUGAAGGGAAGUCAGCUUACUUGUGAGGAAACUCAUUACAUGUUUUUGAAGAGUGAAAUAAUUGCUCUGUGUGCCUUCUAGUUUUAUGUAUUUCUGUUAUUUAGUUGACAUGAGUAAUAAUAUAAACUAAACUGAUUCAUUAGCCAGUGAUUCUGCAGUAUUCUGGGUUUUGCACAUAUUUGUUGUCACUGACAUCUUUGCAUUUGCUUUCAUUGACUGUGCACUAUUCUAUGCCUUUUUGUAUAUUUGUCACCUUUGACUUUGCAGUUUAUGUACCUGUGGUUGUGUUUGCUGUCAUUUACUCUGCACUAUUCUGUCGCACGUAAUUACCAUUUUUGACUCUGCAGUUUUUGUACUUGAGCUUGUAUUUGCUGCUGUUGACGAUGCAAUUUCCAGGGAUGCGAGUUUGUAUUUUCUGUAAAUUGACUCUGUAGUAUUAUGUACGUCAGUUUGCUUUUGCUGUCUCAGAUUUUUCAGCAUUCUGUAGCUACGAAUUUGCUGUCACUGACUCUGCAAUAUUCCAUACCUGACAUGACAUUUACUAUUACUGACUUUGCAGUAUUCCAUUCCAGAAGGUGUAUGUGUUCCCACUGACUUUGUGACAUUAUGUUUUUAAUUUACUGUUAAAGAGCAAGCUGCAUAAUGACAUGGUCAACUCAGCCUUUAGGUUGACAGAAUGAGUAUCAUGGAAGGAUAACUUCAACCAAAAACCAGUGUUUUUAGAAAAUACUGGUUUUAAAUAGAGUAACAUUUUCUGAGGUGGUCUGCCCCUCCAAAACUAAAAAAAUAAUAAAAAUAAAUGAAACAUUCUAACUUAUCUAUGUUUCAUCACAGCGUCCAAGUUCUUCUCUCAGCCCAGUCCUGCAUGGCUGAUGUCACUCACUCUCUCCAGAACAGGGGUCAGGGAGGACAGACUAAAUGGGCGACAGGGGCAGCACGGGGUGGGGAGGGGAACGUGCUGAAUUGGCUGUCUGGUGCAAGCAUGCUGUGAGUUCUUGCAGAAGAUGCCGAUUUUGCACAACAAUGACCAUAGCCAGCCUGGAACUUUGGAGGUGGAGUAACACUUCCGGCAGCUAAGAGAUUAAUCUUUGUAUGUGAAGCGUGUCAUAGCGAAAAACUGCACAUACAGACUCCAGGCACCAUGACCACUUCAAAUCACUAAAGUGGUCGUGGUGCUUAGAGUGGCCCUGGUUAAUAAUAGAAUCUUGAUCCCAGGAAUGGGAAACUGGAGAAAAACUAAAUGAUUAUCUCCUAAAGAAAUACUUUCAUAUAUCCUGUAUAUUUUAUUUGUGGUAAAUGAACACAAAAGGGAGUUUAGCUUUAUAAUUCUUCAUCAUAUAUAAAGUACUAGAAUCAACAGGAAUGUUUCAUACCCAUGUUUGAUUUCCUUGCUACAUGAAGGCCUUUGACAGCCUGUAAGCCUGCUGCCACAGUAAAUUACUAUUUACUUUAAUUAUACCAGUUCAGAAACCACCAACGAGCAUCUGUGGUUGGCUGAGAGCAGCCAAUUACUGCUGCCCAUCAUCACUUGGCUAAUUCUACCUUAUUAGCCCAAGCAGCACAGAUGGACCCAGCUGCCAGGGACCCUCAUACAGUGCUAAUCCAUUAGAUAAUGGUUGAACGCAAAAGAGAGGGAAGGUGCCAGGAAACUCCAAGCACUCUAGUCCCUUCAGUGAGGUGAAAUUAUUACAUUGCCUAGAGUAGGGUAGGCAACCUUUGGCACUCCAAAUGUUUUGGACUUCAUCUCCCCUGAUGCUGUGCCAAAAUUAUGGCUUUAGGAGUAUUAUGGGAGAUGUAGUCCACAACAUCUGGAGUGCGAAAAGUUGCCUACCACCACCCUAGAGUGUCUCUUUAUGUUGAUCGGAAAUAGUGUCUUUUAAAUGACUGAAUCUGUUAAUUUAAACAAAAAUGGCUAAUGUCGCAUGUGAACAGAUUAUUGACCCUUGCCUCGUGAAAGAUGCUCCACAUUUUUUAUUUGGGCCAUUGUGGCAUAACUGAGGCAAAUAGGAUUCUUAACCAAUAAGCUGGAUUAAUGCUUGUGCUACAAUAUAGUAUCAAACAAUAUGUGAAUGUUUGCGUUUUUUUUUUUCCAGGCACUUUAUUUUGAAACUUUAUCAAGGCAAAAAGUUAACAUGGAGAAAAAUGAAAACCAAAGGAAACUCAGAGUGUGCGUUGCCACUUGCAAUAGGGCCGAUUACUCCAAGUUGGCACCUAUUAUGUUUGGCAUCAAGGCAGAACCUGAAAAUUUUGAACUCAGUGUGGUGGUUAUUGGGUCUCAUCUCAUUGAUGAUUACGGGUAUGUUUUUAGAUUCAGAGUAAUGUAUUACAUGCACUUAUAUUGUAAUUCAGCUUAUAAAAAAAAUUCUAGUCCAUCAUGCUCCAUCCUUUACAUACUUGUUGCUGCUGUUAAUUCUAAAUAAUGUGCUAUUUUAAUCUGCAACUGUAGACCAAUGAAAGGCAAAAUUUAAUUUAAAUGAAGUUGGACAGCAACAUCUGCUAUCCCUCCAUAGGAAAGUAAUUUCAGUUUGAUAGACUGUAUUUUACAUAUGCAGGGACAACAUCUAUGCACCAAAACUACAUCAUGAAAUUGUAGUGAUUUUGCUGCUCAGUGUCCCUUUAAGUGUUAGGUUCAUUAAUACAGCUACCUACUAAAAAGCGAAUUGUGAGAAAUUUAAAAUAAUUCAAAGUUAAUUUAAAAUGUUUUAGUAUCCAAAAUGAAAACUAAUUUGGAAAAUUUUACCAACUCAGCUGUUUCGGCCUAAAAUUUGCAUUGAAAACACUUGACUAAUUCUGUAGGUGCACAUUCUGAGUCAUGUUCCUAUGUAAUAUUUUGCAUAUGACUGCAGAGCAUGACACCUAAAUAGUAAGACCUUUGAAUAGAUCGGGCAUCUGGGAGCAUUUUUGACAUUGCAUUUGUCUUUGCAUUUGACAGGGUUAUUCUCUGAAGAGAGAAUUCAAAUUGAAAUUAAAGUGAAUUUCACAUUUAAAAUCAGAUAGCUGAACUGGAAAUAUUCUGAAAGACCGCUAUAUUUUCAGAUACCCUAAUCUGGCCUUAAAUUUGAAAUUUACUUUUAACUCACUUUAGUAAAAAAAGCAACAAAAAAAAAAACUUUUUGCCGUUCCUUCAUUUUUUAUUUCCAUUUAUUUGUUUAUUUUACCCUCAAAAAUGUUAUACUUCAUUGCCUUGAAGACUUUAUGGAAAAUGUUUUUUGUAUAUUUAUAUUAAAUCAACCGAAGCAAAAACAAAUGCAUUUUAUUACGCCACACAAAAGGCAAAUAUUUGUAGCAGUAACAAUAUGUACAUAUAUAUUUUGCGCUCUCUCUUUCUCUAGAAAUACAUAUCGUAUGAUUGAGCAAGAUGAUUUUGAUAUCCAAGCAAGGCUUCACACUAUCGUAAGGGGUGAAGAUGAAGCUGCCAUGGUAGAGUCGGUUGGCUUAGCUCUGGUGAAGCUUCCAGAUGUUUUAAACAGAUUAAAACCAGACAUAAUUAUUGUUCAUGGAGAUCGAUUUGAUGCUUUGGCCUUGGCCACCACUGCUGCUUUGAUGAAUAUAAGGAUUCUUCACAUAGAAGGUGGUGAAGUCAGUGGAACCAUCGAUGAUUCUAUCAGACAUUCCAUCACUAAACUGGCUCAUUACCAUGUAUGCUGUACCAGGAGUGCAGAACAGCAUCUCAUAUCCAUGUGUGAGGACCAUGACCGCAUCCUACUUGCAGGAUGCCCUUCUUAUGACAAGCUUCUCAAUGUGAAAAACAAGGACUACAAUGGUGUUAUCAAGACAUGGUUGGGUAUGUCAUGAUCGAUACACUAUCACAUAAUCUGGGAUUGUGCUCUAAUAAUUGCUUCUAGAAAUAAAUUCUAAUGCUUGAAACCACGUUAGAUCAGAUAUUUAAAUGUACAGUAACUCCCAUAGAAAAAUGUGAGAACUGUUAAAAUGCAAAAAGGGAAAACAUUACGCAUAUCUGUCAUUUCAUGGAUUUCGUCCAUGUUUUUUACAUUCUGCAACCCAGCGUCUGUCUCUCCUUCCUGUUUGAGUGACUUCACUCCCGCCAGAGCUUUGAGCCUCACACCCUUACACCCUUUACAGUUCUUAUAUCUGUGUAUGAUUCUGCAAGUGAAGAUAAAUGUCAAAUAAAUCAUAAUAUAUAUAUUAUGAAUAAUUCUAAAAUAAAGUUUUAUAUAUAUGUAUAUAUUAAAUAUAUAUAUAACUUUAUUUUAGAAUUAUGCCUAGUCAAUGUUUUAUAAUAUAGAAAAAUAUUGUGUCUGUAUAUAACUAUCUAGAUCUUGUUUUUUCUCGUCUGGAACACUGAUAUAUUUGCAUCUCAAAUGCCCCUCUUUUCUUAAAAAAAUAAAAUAAAUAAAUAAGAACACUGACUAGGAAUAAGUACAAUAUAGACUGGAUCGUUGGUGUUGUUUACUUCUACAUAUUUGCUUUUAAAAAGGCACUUUUUAACAACCAGGUUUAGUAACAUUUGGCUCUUCAUAUGCUUGUAGAUUACAUUUCCCAUGAUAUACACCAGGAAGUUUUCAUUUUAGUCCUUUCCAUUAUAUUUUUAUAGGUGAUGAUGUGAAGUCUGGAGAAUACAUUGUGUCUUUGCAACACCCAGUUACCACUGAUAUUAAACAUUCAGUCAAAAUGUUUGAGUUCACCCUUGACGCUCUUCUGUCUUUUAACAAGAAAACUUUGAUCCUUUUUCCAAAUAUUGAUGCAGGUGAGUUGGAUAGAUGUUUUAAAUUUAAAUAUUUUGACUUUUGAUUGAAGGAUAAUGUUAACAUGCCUUAUUCUGCAUUAUACAGGUAGUAAAGAAAUGGUGAGAGUGAUGAGAAAGAAGGGCAUUGAGCAUCAUCCAAAUUUUAUACCUGUGAAGCAUAUUCCAUUUGAACAAUUCAUACAGUUAGUUGCCCAUGCAGGAUGCAUGAUUGGCAACAGCAGCUGUGGUGUCCGGGAAGCUGGGGCUUUUGGAACUCCGGUGAUUAAUUUGGGAACACGUCAGACUGGACGAGAGACAGGUCAGAACAAGAAGUCAAAAAAGCUUUUCUUUUUAAAGAUGGCUGUAACCAGUUAACGCUAUUAGCCAUUUAUUUUGUAUAACAUGCAAAGAGCUGUGCACUAGUUAACAAAUUGGACCUUGUCAUAUCUCAGUUUUGUAAUGCACAUGCUGAAGUGCUUCUUGUACCUAAUCAAACUUCGGAGUUGCAAAUAUGAUCUCCACCAGGUUUAAUGCAGUUUUACAUUGUUCUGAGGUCAGUAAAAAACAUGUACGAAUUAGGCAAUAAUAACGUCAUUUGCGUAGGACUCACAUGAAAACGAAAUAUUAUCUUCCGUGGUAAAUUUCUAUAAUAUUUACAAGAAUUUGACCUUCUUUUACAUGUGUAACUGUACACAGUGAAGCUAUAAACCAUGAAAAACGCAACCAAAUAGUCUAUAUCUUAAUAUUUUGGUUCUUGCAGUAAUAAACGAUGACUUUAAUUUGUUGUCUGAUGUUUCUUAAUUUUAGGUGAAAAUGUUCUUCAUGUGCGGGAUGCAGAUACUGAGAAUAAAAUAAUUCAUGCACUUCAGCUCCAGUUUGGAAAACGCUAUCCUUGGUAAAUAUUUUACUUGUCUUCUGUUGUGUGUAAAUAUUGUGUUUCUCUUUAUUUUAUAUGGAGAAAUUGAAAUAAAUUACUUUCAAACUAACGUGCUGGCAUUUCACAGCUCAAAGAUCUAUGGAGAUGGCAAUGCUGUUCCAAGGAUUGUGAAGUUCUUGAAAUCAAUUAAUUUGGUGGAACCACUGCAAAAGAAGUUCUGCUUUCCCCCUGUAAAAGAUAACAUCUCUCAGGACAUUGAUCACAUCUUGGAAACUCUGAGUGCAUUAGCUGUAGACCUUGGAGGCACCAAUCUUAGGAUUGGCAUUGUCAGCAUGAAGGUAAAAUGUCAUUAGUAUAGCAUGAUUCCAUGGUAAAAUAUUGGGAAUGAGAACAGAACAGAGACUGAUAACGUGGGUGGGGUGAGAACAUGUCUUGAAGUUUUGAGUUGACUAGGAGAUGUAGGAGGCAGUUGUUUCAGGAUAAGGGAGUUCAAGGAGGUACCAUUUGGAGAUUGUUUACAUUUGAAAGGUGGCAGCAGCUAUUUACUGUAUAAGGGAGUUAAAACUGAAAUAUAUAUAUAAGCAUUUUAGCCAGAAAUCACUCAGUCUUCUGGCAGAAUGCUUAUACCCACACCCUAAGAUAGCAUAACACAAAGUUUGAAUAUUUUAAAAAGCUUUGUUUACCAUUGGAAUGCAUCUGUCACAUCUUGAAGGAAGGUUAACAGAAAUUGCAGAGAGUGUGCAUGUACACUACCCAUGGUGUGUGUGUAUAUAUAAUUAUACUUAAUUUAUUUCUUGGGGGAGGAAAGAUGGCAGGCUUUAUUGCUAAUCCUUUGCCACUAAAAUGUCUUUAUUUGAUGCUGUAUUUUUCCAUAGAUUGAAUACAAUAACUUUAGUUCUUAGUAAUAUGGUAGUAAUCUUCUCUUAAAAUAGCUUUUUAAGCUUCAAAUUGUGAGAUUUUUGGCAAUGCAAGCCAUGACCAUGAACUACAUGUUCUCCUGUUCAGUUAAGCAUUAAACAAAUGGUUUGUUUGUUGUAGGGUGAAAUAGUUAAGAAAUAUCAACAACCCAAUCCAAAAACCUACGAAGAUAGGAUUGAGUUAAUCCUAAAGAUGUGUGUGGAAGCUGCAUCGGAAGCUGUAAAACUGAAUUGCAGGAUUCUUGGUGUAGGUAAGAGCUGACGUAAAUGAAUUCUAAAAUUAGGUAAUGCUACAUGAUUAUUUAAUGGCCAUGUGAGGUAUAAAAGCACGAAAAAAAGCAAAAUCUGCCAUGUUUUAACAAACCUGUUUUGCUUUGUUAUUUUAUGUUUGUUUCCACUGCACUGUAAUACCAGGUUACAGUUAGUGCAAAGGUUUACUACUUUGCACAUUUCAACUAUUGUCUAUCUCAGACAAGCUAGACUACAGCUUGUCUGUCUCACAGUCUGUCUUCACAAACUCCUCUGUAGAGAAACACUGAAUCCAUUGCUUUGCAUAGAGAAGCAUUUGGUGCAAAAAGUAUUGAGACAUAGUUUGCAUGCUGAUACCAGGCAUCAAAUAUAUUUAAUAUGUUUAUCGUCUGCAUAACAUAAGGCAAAUUAAAUAACCACACUAUAGCAAAAGAAUGGCAACAAGAUCAGAACACCAUGCAAAACACGUACUGUCACUGUUAAAAUAUUUUCACUUCAAUGAAUAAACCUCAUCAUUUUAAGAGAAAUGUUUAUUUUACUGUGAUGGAUGCACACUUACUAGACUCUAACAUUUAUGAUAACACUAAUAAAUCUUUACCUUAGCAAAAUUGUGAUAUCACCUUGUUUACAUUAACACUUGCAGUUCUGGUAGAUAGUCAUAUGUUAGAUGCACCUGUGCCUGUUAAACCUCAUGGUUGCAGGUUUUCUUCCUGGCAGUGUCAACUUAGCCUUUCAUCUUUCCCAUGUCAAUAAAAUAAUUACAACGGUAGUAGGUCAUAACAUGUGUGCCCCGUUCAAAGAAAUUAGAGAAAAUAUCUGUGUAUCAGUCCUGGUAAUAUACUGUAGGCUGACGUUACACAGUGUAAGAACAUUUAUGGAGACUUCAGUGGUUGAAUUGCUAUUUAGCAAGCAGAAUAACCCUUGUUUCUGCUAAAAGAUUUCCCUGCUUCUUUCCUGUUAAAACCAGGAUAUAAAGAAAGUGUCUUAGUCAGUAUUAAUAUCUUACCCAACCUGUUAUAGGUUUAGUAUGACAUUUACUGGGAGCAAUUAGUUGCUGUAUAGAAAUUAUUGCGAAAAGUAACUGAAAUGAAGAAAGAUCCUUGAGAAAUGUUUAACUUCUGCUGAUUCACAUUUCAGCUGUUUUUAGAGCGGCUUCCUCAUCCACACCCUGAAUUAAAGCAGCUGUUAGCACUGUUGAGUCAGGGUGUCUGUUUUUUUUAUCCAGAACCACGUAUCCCUACAUUGACGUCCUUUAUUUACCUUUUCCUUCUUUAACGUUGCUGCCGUUUGUAUGCACAGGGAUCUAUUUGUGUACACUUUAUGAUUUCUAAAUAGUCUUUUUCAAUGCUUGCUUAAGUGUUCUUUGUUUUGGACAGGAAUAUCUACAGGUGGACGUGUAAACCCUCAUGAGGGAGUAGUGCUGCAUUCCACAAAACUAAUUCAAGAGUGGAGCUCUGUUGAUCUUAGAACGCCCCUGUCAGACACAUUACAUCUGCCAGUGUGGGUGGAUAAUGAUGGAAACUGUGCUGCGUUGGCAGAGCGGAAGUUUGGUCAAGGCAAAGGAGUGGGAGAUUUCGUCACAGUUAUUACUGGCACAGGUAGGCAUGUCUAGUCUGUAAAACACUUUUUGAGCUAAACUAAAGCCAUACAGUGUCAGUAACUCAAGAUCCUCUAAUAUUUCUGUAGUAUUAGAUACUGUACUAUAUGUAUACAGCUGAUAUUAUUAGUAAUGUCCAAUGCCAAAUCCCCUAACCUUUUAGUUUUGUUUUGUCUUUCUAUAUAUUUUUUUUACACCAGGAAUCGGAGGAGGAGUUAUCCAUCAUCAUGAACUUGUUCACGGCAGCUCAUAUUGUGCUGGUGAACUGGGGCACAUUAUGGUGUCUUUUGAUGGACCAGAGUGCAUGUGUGGCAGCCACGGAUGCAUUGAGGCAUAUGCCUCUGGAAUAGCCCUGCAGAGAGAAGCAAAAAACCUGCAUGAUGGUGUGUACUUGUGAAUUUAGACUUAUUGCGAUUCAGAGUGUCUAAUUCGGUGACACUCUGAAACACGUCACAGUGCUUUGGAGUUCUGUUAUAAAUGUAUACAUAACUUUAUACAUUGCUCUGUGAUACUCAUUUACAUUAAAUACUCAAUUGUGGGAGAAAUGGGCUCAUGCAAUACCUUGAUAUCUAAUUACAGGGACCCAGUCAUUCACUGCAUUACAUAGUAAUCUACAAAUAAUUUAAUCUAUACACUUUGAUAGUCGAAUUACUAAAAAUAUAUUUGUUAAAAAUCUAUCCAAAAAUUUACUUAUUUACCAGAAAUGUGGUUAGCUAACAUCUGGGGAAUCAGGUAAACCGACAGAAAUGCCUACAUUGUAUAUGAUGUACGUUCUGAACAGUCUGGGAAGCAUAGUAUUACAGAAUAGGCCAGGCAAUAUGCCAGAAGAGGCAUGUGACUUGUAGUAAUCUCUUGCAGCCAGAAUAAAAAGUGUUCUAGUGUUCUAGAUCCAUGUGGCCAUCACAAUUUGUAUGUUAAACUAUAUACAGAUUCAAAUUAAUACCUAUUACACUCUUGACUCCUAAAGUCCUGCCUCCAGAAACAGUCGAUUUUAUGUUUGUGGAAAGAUGUAACUUGUGAUAAGUCAUUCCUAAUGUCAGCUGAUACUGGAAAAGAUUUCCCAUGGAAAUCUUUUGGCUUUUUAUGCAGUAUGCAGUUUCUGAGUUUAAAGACUUUGUGUUGUUGUUUUUUUGCAUUUCUUUUUUCUUCAUCAUUAAUGGGUUUGUAACAUACCCAAUUCAGUGUUUUGCAAUGCAUAAAAGCUCCUGUAACAUUUAAAGCUUAUCACACAGAGGAGUACUGAUAUUUAACACAGCUCUGUAGAAUACGUUUCUAUUUUACUCUGUUGACACUAAUGUGGAAGGGGGGAACACAUGUGUCUGAUGUCUUGUGAAAAUUCCCAGUCAACCUUUUAUAUUUUAUUUCCAAUUCAGAAAAAAAAAACAUAUAGACUAUAUAUCCUAUAUGCGCUUUGUGUAUGGGUUGUUGCCCUGUUCAUUAUGAUUUGUUUGAUACUUUCCCCUAAAUGUAGUAGAUGUCAUAAAAAUUAUUAUUCUGUUUGUUGGUGCACAGAGGACCUGCUGUUGGUGGAGGGCAUGUCCUUGAAAAAUGACGAACCUGUUACCGCAGUCCACCUUAUACAAGCAGCAAAAUUUGGCAAUACCAAAGCCAGCAGUAUUCUCAAAACCGGUAAGUUUCAAAGAGCUAUUGUACUUUACUUCACCUGUAAAUUACCAAAUCAGGUAAUACUUUAGACAGCAAAAGUGAAAGAACGUGCCUGAUCAUAUUUAUUUUUUUAGCUCAUAAAGAACUUUCUAGAUUCUUGGUUGUUGUGCAUCUGAAUGCAUGCACUAACAAUGGCACUCUGUAACUAAACCACAUUAAUGAUAAAAUCCAUCAAGUGAGUUCAGUUGAGUAAAGGUGUGUAAAGUGUAUUAUUACUUUUAAGGAGGAGAGCUCUAUGUCUCAGGAUGUUUCUCUUUAUUUAAAAUAUUGAGCUGCAAGGCUUGCUCUUCUGGUCUGGUAUCUAAAGUCACAGCUCUGAUAACAUUGUUAAUUAUUUAUACAAAACCUUUGGUGUAAACACCAGAUAAGGAUACCUUUUAUCACUAUCAGUAGAUUACACAAACACAACCUUUGUGAACUGGCACUGAGAAAAAAGUUAGGAUACAAUCUUUAUAUAGAUAAUUUAUUUCCCUCUAAAUUUGCAUUCACUACAGCUGGAACGGCUCUUGGCAUGGGCAUUGUCAACAUCCUGCACACUAUAAACCCAUCCUUAGUGAUCCUUUCUGGUGUCCUUGCAAACCAGUAUGUCAGUACGGUGAAAGACGUUAUAAGACAGCGCGGCUUGGCUUCUGUCCAGGAUGUGGACGUUGUGGUGUCAAACUUGUCAGAUCCUGCUCUUCUGGGUGCAGCAAGCAUGGUGCUCGAUUACACUACGCGGAGAACAUACUAAGGACAUUCAAGAGUUUCUUUUUGACAGAAACUGCCUUAUAAUAUCGUACAACCACCACUUGGCCAAACUCCUUAUUAAUUUUAUUUAUUUUAUACUUAAUUCAGGACACAAGCUGGUCUGAUUUUCCUGGAUUAUUGUUUACCGAACAGCUGAAUUUUGUUUAUUUUAAUUCCCAACUCUGUUAAUCCUUUGAAUGCAAUGGCACUCAAAGAGUUGAUUUAAUGUGCGGAACAACAUAGAUUGUCGAGACAUAUAUAUCAUAUUUAUGAUGGAAAAUGAUCCCUCAGAUUUUUCAAUCAAGUCUGACAUUACAAAAAGAAAAAUAAAUUAUUUAAUUCUGCUGCAGAAUUAAAACAUUUCAAUGGUAUAGACUGGCAAGUUCCAAAAUUACACUUUUUGGACCUUGGAUGUUUGUUAUAAUUGUAUGUCUUAAGAAAAUAUAUUAUGGAUAGAUAAAUUAUCCAUUGUCUGUUUUUAAAAUAAUCUGUUCAAUGUUUUAUAAAUUAUUUUAUUCUGUUUAAGAUGUUUGUUUUUUUCUAAAAGGAAUUAGGGUUUAUGCCUAAUGUAUUUGUUUUACAUUUUUAUUUAGUAAUAUGGAAUAAUAUAUUCUCCAAUAGUAGCAAAUGUUUUAUUUGCUUUACAAGCAACUAGUGACCUUAUUAUACUAAAAUAGACAGAAAAUAGAUUUUUACCGUAAUUGUUUUUGCAACCUUACAAAAAGUCAAACUAUUUGAGGGUUAACGUUGGUGAUCAACCUGCCUGUCAGACUGAAAUUCAAGGGGUGCAAUUGUUCUCUUUCUUUAAAAAAAAAAAAAACAUGAGAACAAUCAAUCAGUGUUGUAUGUGUGUGUUCCUCUUACAGCUAAUCAUGGGAUAAAGAAUUGUAUUUGAAUGCAGUUCUUAUUUUGUACCUCCUGAGUAUUAAUCUGGAGUCAUGUUACUACACUGGAUUUUCUAACACAUUCUUGUCUUUGCUUGAUUGAGAGUUCAUUUGAUUGUAAUUAAAGGACCACUCUAGGCACCCAGACCACUUCAGCUUAAUGAAGUGGUCUGGGUGCCUGGUCCAGCUAGGGUUAACCCAUUUUUUAAUAAACAUAGCAGUUUCAGAGAAGCUGCUAUGUUUAUUAAUGGGUUAAGCCUUCCCCCUAUUCCCUCUAGUGGCUGUCUCAUUGACAGCCACUAGAGGCGCUUGCG